CACUACUAGGGUUUUAACUCUCCCGCCACCGCCGCCGCCGCCAAUCCAGCGGAGCCCCGAGUCCACGAAGCUAUGGCGGGGAAGAAGCGCAAGUCCGGCUCCGAGAAGCAGCCGAAGCAUCGCCUCCCGCUCGGCGCGGAUGCCGACGCGGUCGCCGCCGCUUCUAAGCGCCGCCGCUCGGGCGCCGCCAAGCAGCACCAGGCGGAUGAGGAGGCGUCCAUCCCGUCCUCCCUCAGCGCCAAGAUCCUCCGCGAGGCGCGCAAGCAGCAGCAGGAGGAGAUGCUCGCUGACUCCGGCGACGAGGGGCCCCCAGCCGCCGCAAGGGCAGCCGCGGGGCCGUCCACGUCGUCCUCGUUCCCAGUCCCCGCCGCGGAUGACGAGGAGGAGGACGACGUCGACGAGUUCGACGGGUUUGACGCGCUGAGCGAGUACGACGGCGGCGAGGUGGAGAUCAACGAGGAGGACGAGAAGGCCCUUGCUGCCUUCAUGUCAAACGACAAAGCUGCCGAGCGCACACUUGGUGAUAUCAUUCUGCAGAAGAUCAGAGAGAAGGAUGCCGAGGUCUCAGCUGAAGGACGGCCUCGUGUAAAAUUGGACAACAGCAUCAUUGAGCUUUAUAAAGAGUAUGUGGCUGCUUUCUUGUUUACUGUUAAAGAAAUAUUGCAUGUCUUCGACCCAGUGCUGACCUGUGUAUAUGUAUGUAGGGUUGGGAAGUUCUUAAGCCGAUACACAAGUGGGAAGAUUCCAAAAGCAUUCAAGCGCAUACCAUCAUUGGAGUGCUGGGCAGAGGUGCUGCAGCUAACUGAGCCAGAGAAUUGGUCUCCUAAUGCAGUAUAUCAAGCAACAUGUCUCUUCUCUUCGAACAUGAAUACAAAGAAUGCUGAACGGUUCUAUGAAGCCAUUUUGCUCCCUCGCAUUCGCAAUGACAUAAGGCAGAACAAGAGGCUGCAUUUUGCACUCUACCAAUCGCUCAAAAAAUCCCUUUAUAAGCCUGCAGCAUUUAACAAGGGAAUUCUGCUGCCACUCUGUCGGGAAAGGAAUUGCACUCUCCGUGAAGCAGUGAUUAUUGGGAGUAUUAUCCAGAAAGUUUCCAUUCCAUUUCUUCAUGCAAGUGUAGCUCUAGUGAAACUAGCAGAGAUGGAGUACUGUGGAACCACCAGUUAUUUCAUCAAGCUAUUUCUAGACAAGAAAUAUGCAUUGCCAUAUCGGGCGCUUGAUGCAGUGCUUGCUCAUUUCAUGCGGUUUCUUGAUGAUGAGAGAGUCAUGCCUGUUAUAUGGCAUCAAUCACUGCUUGCCUUUGUGGAAAGAUACAAGAAUGAAUUGGAGAAAAAGGAUAAGGAGAAACUUGUACGCUUGUUGGAUCACCAGAAGCACUAUUUGGUUACUCCAGAAAUUCGAAGGGAACUUCGGGGCAGCUGCAACAGGGGUGAAAAAGAUAAUAAUCUGCUGACUUCCUCACCUAUCUCCGUCAUCACAAAACCUAUUGAGGAAGACAAGUGGGACGUACCACAAGUGCCAAUGGAGGAGGAUUAGUCUGUUCGAAUAUUUUUUCACCGCUGAGUGUCAUUCCCCAUUGUCAAUUUUUGCGCAACUUUAUUGAGUAACGUUUUAUAUAGAGAAGUGCUGUAAUGAAUAUUUACAUGUUUGAAAUGAACCUGCCAUGUAAGAUGUCCUAACCUCUAUAUGUUGUUGUGGGGCCGACCUGAAACGCACAUGAAGUUAGCUGUCACCAUUCAUUUAUUUUUGAGAUGCUUAGCUAAGUGAUAAGUACCUCAUUC